AUGGGUUGGUGGGUUCCGGGAUCUCAACGCCCUAUACCAAGUCAUCCUGGGCAAGGCGCUGCAAAGCGAACAGUUUCGCAGGCUGGGUUUGAUGAUGAGAGUAAUUCGGAUGAGGAUUCUCCCCCACCUAUUUCCUCGCGACGGCGACAUACCAGCCCUGGUAGUUCUUCUGCCAGCACGCCCCCGCAAGCUCUUUCCGAUCAAGAACUUAUAGCGAAGAGCAAGGAAGCAGAAGAGCGGUUUGACUUUGAUGAGGCCAAGUCUCGAUUGCUUCAAAUCUCGAACAAGAUGAUUCUUGGACCACUCCUGGAAGAAUUGGAUAUGGCUCGUGAAAGUCAAAUUCAAACCAACAAAAACUUUGAAAGACAAGCCAAGAAAGCCGAGCUGAAGGAUGAUUGGCAAACAGCAAAGUCUCUACUAUCUCGUAUUGUGGGCGAGGAUGGGCCUUUCCUUCUCCUCGCGUUGGAGUACAGUGAAGCACGGAUAGACUGGGCAAUAGGUGACUCAGAAGAAUUGCUGGAGCGGCUUAAGAAGGAAUACCCCGACCUACGCCUUGAGAAGAACGGCUCUCUCUGGGACAAACCGGAUGAUUUCCGCAAGGUAUUCCAGAUGAUGGCUGCAGACAUGCGCCGUGCUCGUGACAAGGCUGGGUAUGCAUACCCAGCUCGAGCUAGGAAGGCGGACCUUCAUUCUCAAUCACAUUCUGGAGCUCAAUCCGAGCCUGACUCUGGUUUCGAUUCUCAUCCUAGUCUUCAACCAGAGACAAGAGGCCAACCUCAAUCCCACUCUCGAUCUCAGCCUCAGCAACUGGAUAUGAACCAAGAAUUCCGCUUGUUAGAAAGGGCACAGACAGAGCUACUCAAUGGUCAUGACAGGGUCAAAGCUAUCCUAAGCCAGGAGUCGAGCGAAAAAUUCAGAAAAGUGCUCAAAGAAUUGGAGCUCCAUACAUUGAUGCUUCUCGCUGACUUGGCGGAGGCUGCGACUUGA